AUGAAAUCUCGAGAACUUGCAAAAUCUACCACAAGUAUGAUCCCAAAUUCUUUGGUAGUUCCCAUACCUUUGAAACCUAAACCCUACUUUAUUCCUAGUACUUCCAUAUCAGUACCAGCUAUGUAUGGUUUUUAUGCUUCUACCGAAGUCAUUCUGAAUUCCCUUUCAGCAGCAAUGCCUUUUACUUUCGGUAUUUUCUAA